UUCAUUAUUUUAGGGUACGGAUUUUGCCAAGGCAAAAUUUGAUAUGUCCAAGGCAAUUACGCUACCCGCUGCCCGUAAUCUUCUACUGCCAUAUAUUCAAUUUAUAAACUGAAUCAAAUCUCCCAUUAUCUUUUGUUGCCAAAAUUAUGAAACCAAAAAUAUACCAAAAAUACCACAUAAUUAUUUCGUUUUCUAUAUUUAUUACAUAUUGCACAUCCCUUUAAUUUGGUAAUUACUGGAGUAGAUUUCUAUAUUUAGACCUUUGUCAUCCUUUGCCUAAUCAUCAAUUUACACAAGUCCCAUAUUAUGAAAAGCAUUGGAGGAUUCUAUCAUUAAAUUUUGCAGAGGUGCAUUACAUUAAGGAGUACUUAUUUUCAUUAAUUAUUUUUGCAAACCGAUAGAUUACUUGUUUUCAUUAAUUACAUUAGAGCUACGUUUAAAUUUGUAGAGGUACAUUGCAUUACUUCUUUUCAUUAAUUACAUUAGAGCUACUUCUUAAUUUUUCAUGCGUGAUUUUUUAAAGGUAUAACGCAUAAUCAUUUCAAGCUCAAUUAAAACAUAUCCCUUUAAUUAUUUGUACAUAAUUUAUCAUUAAUAGUCUAAUACGUUGUCAGGUUUGCCAUCAACAAUCAAAGUUAAUAUGACCGAAGAUGAUGAUCAAGAAUUAUUUAGUAGAAAAUUUCAAACUCGUGAAGAACUCCUUGACGAGGUUAAGAAAUUUAAUGAGUCAAGAGGAUAUGUAGUCUCCAUAAAGGAUUCCCGCAAAGAUCGAUAUGUGACCCUUGGUUGUGAUAGAGGCGGAGUUUAUCGAGACAGGCGUAAAACAUUGAUUACAAGUCAAGAUAGAGAAACAAGCACUUGUCUGAUAGACUGCCCGUUUCGUAUACGAGGUAAGAAAAAAGGAAGAUGGGGUUUGGUCUCUUCAACUAUAAAAUAGUUCUCAUAACCAUGAACCUUGUGUUGACUUGUGUGGACAUCCUACUUCUCGUAGGUUAACAAAAGAAGAAAGUUUAGAUGUUGAAAAAAUGAGUAUGUCGGGAAUUCAACCUCGACAAAUUUUGUCUUCUCUUAGACAAAAGAAUCCUUCCCUUAAAGCGGUAUCAAGGACCAUAUGUAAUAUGAAGUCUAAAAUCCGAACAGAUAAGUUAGAUGGUCGUUCAAUGAUAAAAGCCUUAUUUGAUGAACUUGGUCAUGGGGGAUUUACUUACAACUACAAACAUGAUGAUGGAGGACAUUUGACACACGUAUUUUUUUCUCACCCAAAGUCAAUUAGUCUAACUAAGUCAUUUCCAACUGUGUUUGUUAUGGAUUGCACUUAUAAGACUAAUAAAUACAAGAUGCCUUUGCUUGAUAUAAUUGGUGUAUCGAGUUUCAAUAAAUCUUUUUAUUCUUGUUUUGCCUUCCUAGAAAAAGAGAGGGAACAAGAUUAUAUAUGGGCUUUACAAAUGUUUUCUAACAUGAAGGGUCACUCAUCUGAUGACUUGGUUAUUGUUACAGAUAGGGAAUUAGCAUUAAUGAAUGCUAUACGAGUUGUGUUUCCUAGGGCAAAACACAUUUUAUGUGUGUGGCAUAUACAAAAGAAUGUGUUAUCCAAGUGUAAGGGCUACUUUAAUAAAGAAAAUUGGGAUGAUUUUGUGUCAGCAUGGAAUACUAUUGUAUAUGCUAAGACAGAAGAAGCAUAUGAUAAAGCUUGGGAUUCUUUUAGAGUUUUAUACAUGGAAAAGAAAGAUGUUAUUGAUUACAUAAGAAGUUCAUGGAUACCAUAUAAGGAGCGAUUUGUGAGUGCUUGGACAGAAAAAUAUGCACAUUUUGGCAACCGUGCCAGUUCAAGAGCAGAAGGUGCACAUGCAAAAUUAAAGGGUUACCUACUAGUGUCAACAGGAGACUUUCGACAAGUAAGAGACACGAUUUCUCUUGCCAUUGAUAAUGAAUAUCAAGAGAUAAAGACAUUGCUUGAAACAGAAAGAAUUCGAGUACCUCACAAGUAUCGCAUCCCUUUCUUUAAAAAUAUUGUUGGUCGUGUAUCGACUCUUGCAAUGAACAAGAUUUACGAUCAAUAUGAAAUGGCGAAAUUUGGCAAGGUGAAGGAUAUAUGCACGAUGCAUUUUCGAUCUACUAUGAAGUUGCCCUCUGCUCAUAUGAUGCAUGGAUGGAAAGAAAAUUCUUUAAAUUUGGACUUAGUGGGUGCACAAUGGAGGAUUGACAUAAGGUCAUUGGAGACUUCUAGCACAAAUACAAUUGAUAGUGUCAAAGAAAUUGAAGAUCUUACUGACAAGCUACGGAAUAAAUAUCAACAUAUGCCUUCUUUUAAGCAAGAAGAGAUCAAACAAAAGAUAUCUUUUAUGUUGAAUGAAGUGGAGCCUAUUUUGUCAGAGCCAAAUGUUCAACCUCACAAAGGACGUCGACCAAGUACAAUCAAGAGAAAGGAACCAUUAAGUUCAACUAGAAGAGAUCCAUCACAAUUUGAAAUAGUAGAAGCAUCGUUGAAGCGUUCUAAGGGUCAAGGAACUACACAUGAUUCACAUGAGGUUUUUUUAGUCAAUGAUGAAAGUGCAAUAGAUUUAAUUGAUCUUAAUGAACCUCCAGUUUAGUUUGAUUGAUGUUCUUUCAUGUCUCAUUUGGGUACGAUAUAAUGUUGUAUUACAUUGGAAAGCCCACCAUGCUUCUUGCAAAGUCAUGAACGAAUUACUACGGCUAUACGACGUUUUUUUUCUUUUUGCUUCUAUACCUUACGAGUAGUACUGAUAGACAUUGUUAUAUUUUAUUUCUUAUAAUUAUGAA